CGCAUCCUCCGCCAGAGAAAUAGAGUCGCGAAAAUUCCCCCACAAACCCUAUUCCUCCUUCCUCUUCCUCGCUUCCUUUUUUUAUCUCCCCAUCAACCGCUCAACGCCGGCGGAAUCCCAAUUCAGACCCUCUCGAGAGAGACAAACAAGCAACCCACCUGAUUCUGUUGAUUCUGAUGGGAAGCAAAGGCCGUAUACCACCUCCUCAUUUACGUCGGCCUCUUCCUAGUCCUGGCAUGCUACACCCUGAGGCAUUUGGUCCAGGCAUCCGCCCUCCACCUGGUGCCUUUCCAUUUGAUAUGUUGCCUCGUCCAGAAAUUAUGGAGCAGAAGCUUGCUCAUCAACAUAUGGAGAUGCAAAGGCUUGCAACAGAGAAUGAAAGGCUUGCAGCAACACAUUCCUCUCUGAGGCAACAACUGGCUGCUGCUCAACAGGAUUUGCAGAGAUUUCAGACCCGUAAUGGUGCUGUCAAUUCUGAGCAAGAGCAACAAUUGAGAGUCCUCAAAGACAAGAUAGCAAAGAUGGAAGCUGACUUGAAAGCCUCUGAACCUGUUAAAGUGGAGUUGCAACAGGCUCGUGCGGAAGCUCAAAGCUUGAUUGCAGCGAGACAGGAACUCAUCUCAAAAGUGCAACAACUUACCCAGGAUCUGCAGAGGAGCCAUGCUGAUGCUCAGCAAAUCCCAGCACUAAUGUCUGAGCUGGAUGCUCUUAGACAGGAAUAUCAACAUUGCAGAGCUACAUAUGAUUAUGAAAGAAAACUGCGCAUUGACCACUAUGAGUCUCUCCAGGUAAUGGAAAAGAACUAUGUUUCCAUGUUUAGGGAGGUGGAAAAACUACGUGCUGAAUUGACAAAUGCUAGUAACCUUGAUAGAAGUGGUGCCAGUGCUUUAGGGGUGCCAUUUGGUACCAGGUCUGCACACAAGGAAAACGAUGCAUCUGGGCAUCAUUCUGUUGGACAAAAUGCUUAUGAUGACGGCUAUGGAGUACCACAAGGAUGUGGGCCCUCUAGUGGUGCAGCUCAAUAUGGUGGAGGUCCUGCUGGACCUGCUUCUGCCCAGGCUGGAUAUGAUGCACCCAGGGGCCCUACAUAUGAUGCUCCAAGAAAUGCAAGUUAUGAUGCAUCGAGGAUGGCUGGCUAUGGUCUUUCUAGAGGCAGCAACUAUGAGGCAUCCAGAGGCGCUGGCUCUGAGGCUCCGAGAGGAUCUGGGUAUGAUGCUCCUCGAGGAACAGUGGUGCCUCAGGCAGCAGUUUCUGCUGGCAGCACCGCUGCACCCUAUGGAUCAACGCAGGCACCAUCACCCUAUGGGUCAGCUCAGGUACCAUCAUCCUAUGGGUCAGCACAGACACCAACCCGAGCAGGAGGUGGUUAUGAAGCACCUCGUGGUGGGAACAUUGCACGUAGAUAAGCUGCAACUCAUCACACAAUUUUCUGGUCUUUAUGGAGACUUUCUGGUGAUAGUUCUCUCACCAUCAAACGUCUCUGGCUUAUGGUAUUCUACCCUAUAAACUUGAUAGAAGCUCUCGGCAAUGUUCCUAGUAUCUGAAUUACAACUGGUAUUUGAAUUACAUUGGGUGGGGAAUAUUUUGUGGACAGGAAUGUGCAAGCAGGUCAAUCAUCAUGUGGGAGUUUCUUAUGAUAUUCCCAUUUGCUUAUUAAAUUUCAAAUGUUCCUCCUUUCUUUUUUUUUCUUCUUAUGUUUCUCCAAGUUAUUACGGUUUGCUGGCAUGGAUACCUUUAUUUGAUUGUA